AGCGGAGGAAGAGCAGAUUAUGAGCAGAUUAUUAUCAAUUCUGAAGAUACAAUUUCAAUUCGUUUGCUGUUUGUUCUCCCCACUUCCUGGCAUUUUACUUCUUAGUAUUUGUCCAUGACGCGGUAUCAGAACUUUGGUUGAAUAGCUGAACAACUCACUCCGUGGUCCUGGUCAAUUCGAGAUGCUUUGAAAUUCCUACUACUCUCUUCCUCGUCGCCCUGUGUCAUCUUCGCCAUUGUCCAUCUAUACCCGAGUGACCGCAACACCGCCAAGGCAAGAUGGACAUGGACAUGUCAAUGUCGGGCAUGGGCCACAUGUCCAUGGGAGAUGGCGUGCCCGGCCUGUUCUAUCUCCAGAAAAUGUACUGGGUGGUCAUUGGGAGUGCUAUUGCUGCCGGAACUGUAGUGAACCUCCUCAACCGCUAUCUUGCCUAUCAAAGACUACGGGACACCUCCCUCACACCAUCCAAGCCCAAGUCAAUAUUCUUCAACCUCUAUGCUACUCUGACAGCAGUUGUCCGCGAGGCCAGCUAUGCGACGCUGCCUCCUCUAUCUAUCCGCAGCCACACUUUCCACUUUGCGCCACUGGGCCCAGUGGCUGUGGUGUUGGCCAACCUGAUUGUAGUGCUGGUCUUCUGCUUUUACAAGCUGGACACGACGGAUCAAUGGAGCUGGGAAAAUGUGGGCUACCGGACUGGAUUCAUCGCCAUCGCGCAACUACCCUUAAUCUUCUUGCUGGCCGGGCGGCAGAAUCUCAUCGGUGCACUGGUGGGCAUGAGCUAUGAACGCUUGAACUGGUACCACCGAUGGGUGGCUCGAACGCUGUGGCUGACGGCCACCAUCCACAUGGCCUUCUGGUUCCGCGACUGGGGCCGCUACAACUAUAUCUCCUACGAAAUCAAGAACUACCCAUUAAUCGCUCGAGGACUAGCCGCCUGGGUCAUUCUGACCUGGAUUGUGAUCACCUCGGCAGCGCCCAUCCGGAGAUUUGGGUAUGAGUUCUUUGUCCUACAACAUCUGGUCACCUUUGUGGGGUUCAUCGCGGCCGUCUGGCUGCACGCGCCGGCCGAGGUCAAGGUCUGGGUCUGGAUCCCCAUCGGGUUCCUCGUCUUUGAUCGAGUGGCGCGGUACAUCUGGGCCACAUAUAACAAUCUGUCCAUCUUCCACCGAUCGAAGUCCCCACGACACGCCCUCUGGGCCAACCGGGCGACUUUCACCCCUCUGCCCGGUAACGUUACCCGUGUCACGGUUGAGAACCCAGGUGUCAGGUGGAAGCCGGGUCAGCACGUGUUCUUGACGUGUCACUCGAUUGCUCCCCUGCAGAGCCACCCGUUCACAAUCGCGUCCAUCCCGGACGACAACAAGCUCGAGAUUUACGUCCGUGCUGAGAAAGGCGGGACCCGCCGGUUCUUCCGCUACGCGUCGAAACGCCACCAUGUGCUCGGGUCAGGCGAGACCGCAUCAGCCCAGACGGCGCGGACGGUGUUCCUCGAAGGCCCGUACGGUCAGAUGCGCCCACUGCAGCAGUUCGACAGUGUGAUUCUGCUGGCUGGUGGCAUGGGCGUGACCUACACCAUGCCAUGCGUGCGCGAUAUUGUGGCCAAAUGGAAGGCCGACUGCGCGCAGGACAGCGCAUCACCCAAGCGCCUCGCGGCCACCAAGCGAAUCCGCUUUGUCUGGGUCAUCAAGUCGCGCACUCAGCUCGGCUGGUUCGAGAGCCAGCUGCAGUCCGUCCUGGCCGACGCAGAGGAGUGCCAACGUGCUAACCCGGAUCUCAUCCGCGAGAUUGAGUUAAGCAUCUACAUCACCUGCGAUGAGAAGCUGGAGCAACCGACCCAAGCCACCCUCUGCGCGCAGACCCCAUCCACCACCGUGGCUCCGUCCCGAGCGUCGAUGGAAUCGGCCGACGCGAAGCGGAAGGAGCAAGUCGUGGAGAAGGAUGAUAUUUCCGUCAGCGACACUGGCUGCCAACCAGGCGGGGGCUGCUGCUGCUGCACCGCCGCCAUCGAAGAUGAAGACGAGAUCACCACGACGAACAAGUGUACUUGUUCAGGACACGCCGCGGCUGCAUCGGAGAAAGCCAUUGACGAACAGGUACCAAGCGAUAUAAAACUGCGGCCUCUAACGGUGCUGGCGGGUCGUCCGCAGACGCGGAAUAUCAUCCGCAAGGUGCUCGAGCGGGCCGAGGGCGAGAGCGCGGUGGUGGUGUGUGGGCCGCAGGGGCUGGCGGACGACACGCGGCGCAGCGUGGUGUCCUUGAGUGAUGAGCGGGCGGUGCACAAGGGCACGGGGGCGCAGGGGAUAUAUCUGCAUAUUGAGCAAUUUGGAUGGUAGAUAUGAUGAUGUAUACGAUGAUACCACGAUUGAUGUGUUAUUUACGAAUUACUAUAGUCCUUGUAAAUAUAUAGAUAAAAGACAAUCCAUGAGUCGAUGUAAUGACAAGCGGA